CGUUAUUCAAUCUUUAUUCUGCUUUAUUCUCUAUAUAGUCAACACCACGCGCUUUGUGUUAUACUGUGAACUGUGCUGUUUAAAACGACAAUAAAACAAUAAACAAUAAAACAAUAAACAACAAUAAAAAUUAUUUAAAAAAAAACAAUAUAAAAUUAAAAAUUAAACUAUAAUAAUGUCUGGUCAUGCAAUUGGAAUUGAUUUGGGCACAACAUAUUCAUGUGUUGCUGUCUGGCAAGGUGGCAAAGUUCAUAUUAUUCCCAACGCACAAGGAAUGAAAACAACACCAUCGUAUGUUGCCUUCAAGGGAAAUGAACGUCUUAUUGGUGAAGCUGCAAAAAAUCAAGCAGCAUUAAAUUCAUCCAACACUGUGUUUGAUGCCAAGCGACUUAUUGGACGUAAAUUUGAUGAAGAACAAGUUCAGUUGGAUAUUAAACAGUGGCCAUUCAAAGUUGUGAGUGAUGGUGUGGAAAAUAAUCCAAAAAUUCAAGUUGAAUUUUGUGGUGAAGUUAAAGAAUUUAAUCCAGAAGAAAUAAGCUCAAUGGUUCUGGAAAAAAUGAAAGAAAUAGCUGAAGCUUUUCUUAAUGAAAAAGUCAAAGAUGCUGUUAUUACUGUACCGGCUUAUUUCAAUAAUUCACAACGUAAUGCAACCAAGGUCGCGGGAGAAAUUGCUGGUUUGAAUGUAUUACGUAUCAUCAAUGAGCCAACAGCAGCUGCUUUGGCGUAUGGUCUUGAUAAAAAUCUUAAAGGUCAGAAAAAUGUAUUAAUAUUUGAUUUAGGUGGUGGAACGAUUGAUGUCUCAAUUUUGUCAAUCACAGAAGGCUUAGAUUUUGAGGUAAAAUCAACAACUGGUGACAUUCAUCUUGGUGGUGAAGAUUUUGAUUCAAUAUUAGUCGAUCAUCUUUGUGAAAAAUUUAAAGCAAAAUCCGGCAAUGAUGUUAAAAAAAAUAUGAAGGCAUUGAAAAGACUUAGGACAGCGGCGGUUCGUGCUAAGCAUGACUUGUCUUUGAGUACUGAGGCUGAUAUUAUAGUUGAAGCACUUGUUGAUGGCAUUGAUUUUGAGACUAAAAUUUCCAGAGUCGAAUUUGAAGAACUUUGUGCUGAACUUUUUAUUAAAGCACUUGAACCUGUUGAGCGAGCACUUGCUGGUGCUGAAACCGAUAAAAUAGAUAUUGAUGAUGUUGUAUUAGUUGGAGGCUCGACUAGGAUUCCAAAAAUUCAGUCAAUGCUCCAAAACUUUUUCAAUGGCAAAAAAUUAAAUUUUUCAAUAAAUCCAGAUGAAGCAGUUGCAUAUGGGGCAGCUGUACAAGCAGCAAUGUUGUCUGAAGAAGGAAAAAAAUCAGAAAUUCUCCAAGCUGUGCGUCUUGUAGAUGUCACUCCACUAUCACUUGGAAUAAGUGUUAGUAUCGAUGAUCUAAUGUCGAUUAUUAUUAAAAAAAAUACAAAAAUUCCAUGCAAAAGUACGGAAAGAUUCGUGACAUCGUGCGACAAUCAAGAGGUGACGAAAAUCUGUAUUUUUGAAGGUGAAAGAAAAUUUGUCAAGGACAAUAAUUUCCUUGGUAAAUUUAGAUUAAUCGGCAUCACACCAGCACCAGCGGGAACAGAAGCAGUUGAUGUGAUCUUUGAAAUCGAUGUCAAUGGAAUUCUUCAUGUUACAGCAACAGGAGUAAAGAGUGAUUGUGAAAAUAAUAUCACAAUCGUAAAUAAUGAGAAACGUUGGUCUAAAAAAAAAGUCGACGAGAUGAUAGCUGACGCUGAAAAAUUCAGGAGCUACGAUGAAAACCAGGGAAAUAUGUUGAAAGUUAAGCAUAGUUUAGAGUCAUAUGUUCGCUUAACGAAACAGGCUAUCUAUGACAGCACUUCUAGUCUUACUGAAGAUGAAAAAAAACAAAUAUACAACAUCUGUUCUAAUACUUGGAUGUGGGUGAAAGAAAAUCAAUUUGACGAAGCUGAACCUUACCAUGAAAAGUUACAAGAAAUGGAAAGAGUUAUUAUGUCAAUCAUGUCAAGAAAAGAGAGAGAAACUGCAUCGGCAAAAAAUCAGCUCUAUAAGUAUAUUAAAUCAAUGGAAAAUGGUGUUAAUCAACACCGUUCCAAGCUCAGCCAAAAUGAUCAAGAUCGAAUCAACGAAAUGUGUGAAGACGCCCGUAUGUUUUUGAAGGCCAAUUCACUUAACAAAGAUCAUUAUAUUGAGUUUUUGCGAAAAAUGAAGAAAGAAUGUGAUUCCAUUAUCAACAAGCCUCCAUCUAUCAUAACUCGUAUGUGGAAUGCAUUUUUUUGA